UUAACAGCCAGCGGCGCUGCUCGGAGUUCAGGCCGGGGUCAGGGGGAGUUCGCAGCCCGGGUUUCACCUCCGAGCUGGCGGCGUCGGGAACCCCGAGGAACCGCUGCUGCUUCUUCCACAACCACCUCCUCCUCCUCUUCCUCCUCCUCCCGUUCCGUAGGACCGGCCGGGAGCGCGGGGUAUGGAGGAAGAGAAGCAGCAGAGGAAGAGGAGGGUGGAGGGGAGCAGCAACCGGCGGCGGCCCCCCCGGGGCUGAGCCAUGAGAGUUCACCGAGACCUCAGCUGGCUGGCGGAGGCCACCGGACGCCCAGGGCGGCGGGCGAGGAGCGGGAUGCUGGACGCCAUGGAGGUGCCGAGCCACUCGCGGCAGCUGCUGCUGCAGCUGAACACGCAGCGCACCAAGGGCUUCCUGUGCGACGUGAUCAUCGUGGUGCAGAACGCGCUUUUCCGCGCGCACAAGAACAUCCUGGCCGCCAGCAGCGCCUACCUCAAGUCGCUGGUGGUCCACGACAACCUGCUCAACCUGGACCAUGAGAUGGUGAGCCCCGGCAUCUUCCGCCUCAUCCUCGACUUCAUCUACACCGGCCGCCUGGCCGAGUGCGAGCCGGGCAGCGAGCAGAGCCUGGGUGCUGUGCUGGCUGCCGCCAGCUACCUCCAGAUCCCCGGCUUGGUGGCCCUGUGCAAGAAGAAGCUGAAGCGCAGCGGCAAGUACUGCCACCUGCGCGGGGGCUACGCGCCCUACAAGCUGGGCCGCGGGCUGCGGGCCGCCACGCCGGUCAUCCAGGCUUGCUACUCGGGGACGCCGCGGCCCGUGGACCUGCCUCCCGUGGAGCCGGCGGCGCCUCUCAACACGCAGUGCGGGGAGCUGUACGCCUCGGCCGCCCAGGGCGCCCCGCUGCACCCCCACGGGCUGUGCCCGCCCGAGCGCCACUGCUCUCCGCCCUGCGGCCUCGACCUCUCCAAGAAGAGCCCCACCGGCCCCUCCGCCCAGCUCCUGCCCACCGACCGCCUGCUGCCCAGCGAGCCCCGCGAGCCCUCGCUGCCCCCACGGCACGACAGCCCCCCGGUCAGCGCCGGCCUCCUGGGCGGCCACGCCGCUGCCUACAAGGACUCCCCGCCGGGCGCUGAGCCGGGGGGACACCCCCACGCCCCCGACCCCUUCCGCAGCACGCCGCCCUGCGCCGAGCCCCCGCUGCCCCGCGCCGACGGGCGAGAGCUGAUGUACCGCUGGAUGAAGCACGAGCCCCUGGGCCCCUACCUGGACGAGGGGGAGGCGGAGAAGGAGCUGGAGCGGGAGGAGAAGGCCGAAUCGCCGCCUGCGGCACCGCAGCCCCGCUACCCCAGCGUGGAGAGCAACGACCUGGAGCCUGACAACAGCACGAGCGAGGAGACGGGCAGCAGCGAGGGCCCCUCGCCUGGAGACGCGCUGGACCGAUACUGCAACCACCUGGGCUACGAGCCGGAGAGCCUGGGCGACAACCUGUACGUCUGCAUCCCCUGCGGCAAGGGCUUCCCCAGCUCCGAGCAGCUGAACGCCCACGUGGAGGCCCACAACGAAGAGGAGCUCUAUCACAAGGCGGCGGCCGAGCAGGCCGUGCCCUUCCUGGACAAAGGUGGCCCGGGGCUGGGUGACAUCUUGCGGCCUUACCGCUGCUCCUCCUGCGACAAGUCCUACAAGGACCCGGCCACGCUGCGGCAGCACGAGAAGACGCACUGGCUGACGCGCCCCUACCCCUGCACCAUCUGCGGCAAGAAGUUCACGCAGCGCGGCACCAUGACCCGCCACAUGCGCAGCCACCUCGGCCUGAAGCCCUUCGCCUGCGACGCCUGCGGGAUGCGCUUCACCCGCCAGUACCGCCUGACCGAGCACAUGCGCAUCCACUCGGGCGAGAAGCCCUACGAGUGCCAGGUGUGCGGCGGCAAGUUCGCCCAGCAGCGCAACCUCAUCAGCCACAUGAAGAUGCACGCGGCCGGCCCCGACGGCAAAGCCAAGCUGGACUUCCCCGACAGCGUCUACGCCAUGGCCCGGCUCACCGCCGACCAGCUGGGGCUCAAGCAGGAGAAGGCGGCCGAGCUGCUGUCCCACACCUCGCACUUCCUCAGCGACCCCAAGGCCAUGGAGAGCCUCUACCCCCUGGCCAAGUUCACGGCCGAGCACCUGGGGCUGAGCCAGGACAAGGCGGCCGAGGUGCUGGCGCAGGCUCCGCACCUGCACACCGAGGCCGCCCGGACCAUAGAGCGAUACUCGCCCCCCUAGCACCGGCCUGACCGGGGGGCUGGGGGGGCCGCUGGGCUCCCCUCGCUGCCCCGUGUGGAGCUGGGGGGGCGAGAGGCGAUGGGUGCUCGUCCCCAGGCGCUGCCGGCGGUCCCGGAGAACUCGCUCAGUAGCCAAGGUGCCGCGAGAGCCGCUCCGGGAUGGAUGGACGGCGUGUCCCUCGGGAGAAGCCGAUAAAUCAGGGACUGACCCCGCGGCACCUCCGCCCCCGGCCGUGGGGGGUGCCGGGAGCCCGGCACCGGGCGGCAGCGACGCACAAGCUGUGAGUGAGGCCGGGCUGCGCCCCGAGGCUUUGGAGGACAUGAGCCCGCUCCUUACCUCAGGGCUGCCCCCGGGCCAGGGGACGCCCUCGGCAGCGGCUGCACCGCUCCGGCUCCGCUCUGGGAGCCGCCGGCGCUCGGCUUGGCCGCGACGGGACCCGGACUGUGCCUCCCCGAGCGCCGUGAGUAGCUCGUCCGUCGUGGCCGGAGCGGCCGGCGCUGGGCCGGGGUGUGAGCCCGAGCAUCCCCGGGGGCUCGGGACGGACUGACGGAGGGGACGGUGCGGGCUGAGCAGCAGGAGCGGGACGGGGCAGCGGCGGUCACGUCCGUGCUGGGGGGCCGGGGAAUCGCGACGCUCCUCGGCCCGCAGCAAGCACUGAGCUCCCGUCCCCGGCGCAGGGCUCGGCCGUGUGUCUGGGAGGCGGGGCAGGGCCUGUCCCAGACUGAGCCCCUGGGCCCUGCUCGCCAUCAGGGAUGCCCGGGGCACCCGGGCCAGCCCCGGGACCCGGCGGAUUCGCCCUCGGGCGGCCACACUCGCCUUGAUUAUUUUUUAUUUUUUUAUUUUUUGCCAAAGACGCCCGUCUCCAGCGCGGCCGGGCCGGGCCGGGGGGUCCAUGACAAAGACAAAGCGGUCUCUGGUUUGUCAGCUACGGGAGGUGGGCAGGGGCUGCGGGAGGGGGCGGUGGGGCAGAGCCCGGGGCCGAGUCCCCCCCGGCGCCCUCUGCCUCCACCGCAGCCCCUCUCCCACCUUCUGCUCGGUGUGGGCCAAGCCCCCCCAGCCUGGACCCCCCCGGCCCGUGCCCUGACCCCUCCGUUGGGGCAAAUGUGAAGCUUCUCCCCCCUCCCGAGCCCCCUCCUCUCCUUUGCACACGAGGCUCCGGGCGGCCGCCAGCAGCGCCUGCCCCGGCCUCGCAGCCACUGUGCCUUAGCCCGAGCUGCGCCCCUGCCCCGGUGCCCCGGAGCUGCCCGGGGGUGCCCGGCGGCGGCGGCAGCGCCCAAAGCACAGCUGGCAGCGCCCAGCGGGGCCCCGGCCCCCCCUGUAUCACGUCCAAUUUGUACACGGGCCUUCUCGCCCUUUUUAUUUUCUAUAGUCGAAACGGAAUGAGCAAUAAAGUGACAUUAACACGCGU